AUGAUCUCCCCCACCAUCAACUGCGCUCGCCAACCCGCCUGCCAAGCGUGGCGAGUAUUGGCAUUCUUUCCCCCCAAAAAGAUACACAUAAAAUACAUGAAUAGUGCAACAACAACCAGGCCCCUAGUACCCGGCAGCUCCGCUAUUCCUGGCUACGGUAGCGGCCAUGGUAACGGCGGGGCAAGGGGUGCUAAGAAUCACCGGAAGCGAUCCGGCUACCACUCCCGACGACCCCUGGCCCUGGUAACAUACAACGCACGCACGUUGAGGACGGACGAAAAGAUUGUUGAGCUGGAAGAAGAAUUGAGUAAGUUACGCUGGGAUGUCAUAGGGUUAUCAGAAGUCCGAAGACAGGGGGAGGACACGAUAACGUUGACAUCCGGUAAUUUAUUCUUCUACCGGGAGGGCGACCAACAGUCCCAAGGUGGAAUAGGGUUUAUCGUUCGCAGACCCCUCAUUAACAACAUCAUAUCCAUCGAAAGUGAUUCAGGUCUACGCUCCCACCUCGGCACACUCAGAUGA